AGUUGUAGUGUAGACUGAGGUUUUGUUCUUCUUGAGCAGGGCUGUGUUGGAUUCAGUCGGUUAGAUUCGCUUGAUCAUACUACAAUGGAUGAAAAAAGUUUUGUUGCUGCAGCAAACAAAACUUUUGGGAGAUUGACUACUUUUCUGAGGAAAUGCUUGUUUAGUGUUCUGUCUGUUGGCCCCAUUCCUGCUCACAUUGCCUUCAUCAUGGAUGGAAACCGGCGGUAUGCAAAGAGAAGGAACUUGCCGGUUGGGGAAGGCCACAAAGCCGGAUACUGGGCUCUUAUGUCCCUUCUUAGGUGCUGCUGGGAGAUGGGAGUGAAGUAUGUGACUGUCUAUGCCUUCAGCAUUGACAAUUUCAAGAGAUCACCAGAGGAGGUGCAAACUCUAAUGGACCUUUUGCAGGAGAAGAUUGAAGGCUUGCUUGACAAGGAAAGUUAUCUGAACCAAGCUGGUGUCAGAGUAUGCUUCAUUGGUAACUUGAAGCUUCUGAGUGAGCCUGUCAGGGCUGCUGCUGAAAAUGCAAUGAAGGCGACUGCCAAUAACUCCAAAGCUGUGCUUUCAAUCUGUGUGGCCUAUACUUCAACUGAUGAGAUUGUCCAUGCUGUAGAAGAAUCCUGCAAGGAGAAAAUGGAUGAAAUUCAAGUACCUAAUGGAAGAAAGGUAAAUGGUGUGAUUCAUGGAGUCGAAGAGGGAAGGAAGGUUAAUGGUGUGACUGAGACUGAUGUUCACAAAUCCUGCAACAACAAUUUUGAUGGAGCAGCAGGUACUAAUGAAGCUUCCAAUGGUAAGAUUGAAAGAGUUGACAAGGUGAAAAAGGAAAAUGGAACAGUUGAUCAUGAAGUUGCAAGCAAUGGUCUUGUUGAAGAAGUUAAAGUGAAUGGGAAGCAACAGCAUGAAUUUCCUCAAGUAAAGCUGGUUGAUGUUGAGAAGCACAUGUACAUGGCAGUGGCACCUGAUCCCGACAUUAUGAUCCGAACUUCUGGCGAGACCCGGCUGAGUAAUUUCCUUCUUUGGCAAACUAGUUGCUGCCCAUUGGAAGCCCCGGCUGCGCUGUGGCCAGAACUGGGUUUAUGGCAUUUGGUUUGGGCAGUUCUAAACUUCCAACGCACCCACCACUAUCUGGAGAAGAAAAAGAAGCAGGUGUAGCAUCCUCAAUGCCAUUCUACUCCUCCAUAGAUCCGGAAUAUCAUGAUUAAAUCCUGGGAUGAGCUGCAUUGUCAACCUAAAUUAUAUAUGCCUAAUAUGCAUGCU